GCCUUAAAGGAUAUAAGGUGUAUGCACUUUAUUUGUCAGGUAGCGGAAAGGUAAAUGUCGGUCAUUAGCUGACUUUCAGAAAAUUAUCUCAAGGGUAAAAUUAUAAUACUACAGAGGCACAUCUAUAAUUAAGGUAUAUUUUUAUUCUUCAGAUAACGAUGAGUUAUCAAUUAUUGGUAUCAUCGGCGAGAGUUGCAGGUAAAAUUCCUUUGAGAGCUCUCUCAACAACGUCACCAAAAUGCCAACAACAAGAAGUGGUGAAUCUUACACAGGAACAAAAAGAUAAAUAUUACCCCAAAAUAGGAAAUAGAGAUAUUGUUGGUUCAGGUCAUAGUAUUAGACCUGGUUAUGAAGACAGAAGUGAUUAUCCAUUUCCUGCCUUGAGGUGGAAGCCAAACACACCAGAUGUGACAGCCCUCAGGGAAAAAGAAGUAGGAGACUGGAAAAAUCUAACCAUGGAGGAGCGAAAAGGCUUAUACCGAGCAAGUUUUUGCCAAACUUUUGCCGAAAUUAAUGCGCCAACUGGUGAAUGGAAGCAAGUUGCCUCUGCAACAUUGUUGAUAAUGUGGCUCACAGCUGCUUGGGUUUGGUGGUGUGAACAUUUCGUAUUUAGUAAACAAUUACCAGAAAGUAUGACAGAAGAGUAUAAGAAGAAAAAUAUAGAGAGAAUGAUUAAACAAGGCCAAGAAGAAAUGACUGGAAUUAGUGCACAGUAUGAUUUUGAAAACAAGAAAUGGAAAGGAAACAAAUGGUGGUAGAAAAAGAGUAAUUGCGAGACAUUUUCCCGGUGUGUGUUUACAGAUUACAAAAAUGAGUCAAAGUAGUGUGUAACUGAAGAAAAUAAAUAAAAAAUAUAUAUGAUAUGUU